AUGGGCUCCCUGGCAACGUCCGGUGCAAGAGCCGUCCAGAUCUUCUCCCAGCGAGGUCAAACUGCAUUAGCUCAUGGCUCCAAGAGUAUAAUGUGGGAUAUCAUCAGCAAUCUUUGGGAUGCAGAGACCAAUCCGGAUGGCUAUGUUUCCAUCGGAGUCGCUGAGAAUGCUCUCCUCCACGACACGCUGCUGGAGUACAUCCACAGCGACAUUCGUCUCACAGCAAUCUAUCUGACGUACAACGACGGGAGCAUGGGCUCUAUGAAGCUCCGCAAAGCUGUUUCGCAUUUUCUCAACGGUCAUCUUCGGCCGCAACUUAGCUGGGCAUUCAUGGAGCCCGGCGAAGGUAUGCUGCUCGGUAAACCGUAUUAUGGUACAUUCAUCGCUGAUAUAUCGGUGCGACCCAGCGCGGUCGUGAUCCCCGUCAACUUUGGCAAGGUCAAUCCGCUGAGCCCAGAGGCUAUCAGCCAGUACAAGAAGGCUGUAACAGACUUUGAGUUCAGUACUGGGAAUCACGUACCGGCCGUCAUGCUCUGCCAUCCGCACAAUCCUCUUGGGCGCUGCUAUCCCCGGUCUGCCAUUAUAGACUUGGUGAAGAUGUGCCAGGCACAUCAGAUGCACCUCAUCAGCGAUAAAAUCUAUGCACUUGCUGUGUGGAAUAACCAAAUCGACAAGGAUGUGCCUCAGGUCCCGUUCGAGUCGAUCCUGUCGAUUGACCCAGCAGGCUUGAUCGAUGCAGACCUUGUACAUGUUCUUUGGGGCAUGAGCAAGGACUUCGGCUCCAAUGGUUCUGCGCGUCGGCGCCAUCAUUUCGCAGUCCAAUCCUGA